CUUUCCUCUCCGCAACUAUCGCGCCUUCUCACCCCCUCAUCCCUUCACUUACGAUUUUGGCAGUACAGUUUGCUUCGAGAUGGUUUCCAUCUUGAACUUUGGUCUAUAUACCUGCAUUUUUCAUCCUUAAUCAGUAUUCCUUGCCUUCAUGGCUGAAAAACGCAGACUUUCGGCUCGCGAACGCCGCGAACCAGCGGCGAAGAGACGAGCCUCCGAAGCUCCUUCUCAAUCCCAGUCGCAAGCCACACAACCUUCUUCGAAGAGAAAGGCCUCAGCUGCUACUGUGGCUCCAACUCCGACCCCUCCUCCACCCCCUCCUGAGGUUGUUGAAAACCUUUUACCAAAAAAGAUCAAGGAUGGAGAGGGUCUCCCCACUCUGCCGUCUCCCCAGCCGGAGACGCUCUCCGCAAAGGAGUAUCAGUCCAUCGCAGAAAGUGCGGUUCUAUUAGCUUCGUUGGAACGAUCGAAAAAGAAAUGGCUUAGCGAUGGCAUUCUGGUUCGGUACUGGACUAAACCGAAGAAGACCAAGAGGGAGCAAAUUGAGGGCAAAAAUCCUCCCAAGGAAACCAUGUCGAAGGUCGGCCCUUGUAAUAUUUCCGUCGGUCCCCAUCUCUUCGACGCUAUGCUGUACACCGUCAAAGAUCCCAAUGCGCCGCCGCCGAUUCAGUACACGCCUCCUCAGCGGCCGAUGGUUCACUACGGUCACCCUAAUAAUUUCCAGCAGUAUCAGCCUUAUCCUACACCCCCUCAACAUGCACGGCAGCACACUCCUCAAAACCCCCCUGUCCACUCGGCUUCUCCCCAGCCAGCGUACCAGCAGGGCAGCCACCCGCUACCUCCGCCCCAUGCCAGAACUCCGAACCAACCUCCUCCUCCUCAACGUCCUUCUCAAUCGGCCCCGCGGCCGUCACCGCAAAAUUCACAAGCGCAGCCUUCAAAGCCAAGUCCAGACCCAGUAAUCCAGAUGCUUGCUACUCGAGCUGCCUCAGAUCCCGAUCUUAAGGCGUUGAUGAGAGUGGUUGCCUCAAGCAAGGCAUCCCAAGAGCAGCUUCGAGCUUUCCAGGCUCAUAUAGAUGAGCUUAAUGCGAUCAUUCGAGCAAGAGAGCAACAGCAACAACAAAGGCAGCAACAGCAACAGUCUCACCCUCCAACUCCUAAUCAACCACAGGCACCCCCUCGGACACCGCAACAGACACCUCAAACACCUCAAACACCUCAACCCUCACCGUCGUCCCAAAGACCUCCGCAGCCCCCGCAGCAGCCAAGUCAACAACAGAAUCAGCAACAGCAGAAGAAGCCUAACAUGUCAUCCCAACAACCAGCGCCACCCGGGCCGCAAGAACAGCCUUACCCGCGAGUUGAAGUCCACGUCCCUAAACCAACACCGUCGCUAGCUUCUACACCUCAGAACCCUACAGCAGAUGCACCAAAUCAGCCUCAAACUCCGUUACAAAAGUCCAAUAUAACGUCACAGGUCAAACAAGAACCUGGAGCUGCAGCCGGCCAGCCGACACCUGCUGCAGAACCGACCGCCAACGUUAAGCAGCCGAGUUCUACAGUGCGGCCGAUGGCGCCUCCACAGAACCAACCGACUGGAGCGCGCCCAGGGCCUCCAUACCCACCUUACCAGCAACCACCGUAUCAGGGCCAUCCACCUGCGAUCCAAUCUCGGCCUCCGCAAUACGGGUCUCCCGCCCCCUACUAUCGCCCGGCUCCACCGCCGCCAUCCCAAAGACUUAACUAUAAGUCAGUCGUUUUUGAAUUCACCUCGCCUCUGACUCCUUAUGGAAGUAGCACAUCAGGUCAUGCUGGCUCUGGAGACCGCUACAUGUUUCCAGAGCAUACUAUAUUGGAGUGGCUGCCAGAUGGGAACACGGUUCUUGCGUCUUUCUUACUCGUUCGAAAGGUUGAUCCAAAUACAUCAUUCCCUAUAGAGACGGCGUCAGAAGUGACGAAUUCACGAAGUAAAGGCAAAUCAGCAUCAAGAUCGAAGAAGGGGGACAAAAGUAAGGACAAAGAUAAAAACAAGGAAGGUGAGAAGCUGGAGAAGGAGAAGGAGAAAGCGGAGAGCAGUGCACAGCCUACUAGUAGCCAGACGGCUCCCGCUACUAUAUCCGAUAAACCCACUCCAAUCGAAGGGGAGAAACCGGCUGGCGACCAAGCUGAUCAAAAAGCUCCAUCAACCACGGCGCAAGCUCAACCCGACUCGGACAAGCCUCAAUCCAAGGAUAAAGCCGAAGACACGACCAAGGCCUCUAACUUGAAAGAGUAUUACCAACCCGUCACAUUCCGUAUCCAUAGCCCCAACCCUAAGGUCCUUGAACCUCUAUCUCGGGUCGUGAAGCCUCCUGAUGAGGUGCGCAAGUAUAUGAAUGAGAUCAUGGAUCGGGCAGAACGUGCUCCUGAUGGGUUUCUUGCAUUUCGUCUCCCACGCGAAGACGCAGGUGAAGAACAGGAUGCAGAGGAUAAGAAGAAAGGCGGGACCCCGGUCCCCGCAAGUCGCAGCCGGCUCUCUAGGGGCAGAACGGUGGAUGAUGAAUCAGAUAUUGAAAAUAGAGAAGAACUUAUCGAAGAAGAGGAGGUGCUGAAGGAUUAUUAUGGGCCACCAACUGGACUUGUACCUAUGGGGCUAUGAGCUCUAUAGGGUCAGGUAGCAGACUGGCUUCCUCCCCCACCCUUCUGCCAUUGACCACGAUUUGGCAUUCAACCAUGUACUAUUAGCUGUUCGUUUCCCACAUCUGUAUGUUGAACGGACUAUUAUUCAUAUAUUUAUAUUUAUCACGUUAUGCGAAGGGCGGUCAAGGAAGCGGUGUGCGAUAAGAAGCUUAUCUUCCUAUAAAUUCCGACAUUUUCUACU